AUGUGCAGCGGCAGCCAUGUGUUUGAAGGAGAUGAGUCCCUGGUCGAGUACGUCUCUCUCCCAGCAGGAGCACAAGCAACCGACUUGAGCUUCUACGCAGAGGAGAAGCGGAAGGCCUGGGUCGCCGUGUCCUGCACGGACGGCGCGGUGCGCCUCAUCGAUGCCAGUCCAGAGAGGACAGCCUCCGUGGUGCGGACCUCCUACAGCCAUGGCGUGGCAGCUACGGCCGUGGCCAUCUCCGGCAACGGCAACCAGGUGGCCUCCGGCAGUUCAAGCGGACACGUGGUCCUGCAGCCCUUCCACGGCAGCGGCCCCACCCCCUUGCCAGGUCUCCUGGAGUCCACAGAGUCGGCGAUCGAGAGCCUUUGCUACUCAUCACUGCGUCAGGAGCUGCUGGCUGCCAGUGAUGAGGCUGGAAAUCUUCAGGUUUGGGACGCAGUGGCCCAGAGACAUGCGUGUCGCUUUGUUGGUGCCCACCGCGGGCCUGCGCGCGGGCUCUCAUUCUCAACCCAGAACAGUGACCUGCUUAUCUCCGCUGGGAACGAUGCAGAAUUGAUCUUUUGGGACGUCAAGAAUGCUCGGCAGAUACAACAGGUGUCUGUCGAAGCCGGGAUCAGCUCUCUAUCUUAUCAUUCAGGUGGCUACUUGCUGGCCACGGGUACUUGCGAGGGUUCUAUUCUGAUCUUUGACUUGCGUAUGCUGGUCUCCAGAAAGCAGCCCGCAGAUCCUGUCCAGCGGUACGACGGCCAGGAUGAAGGAGCAUUGGUUGCUUUGGCCUUUGCUCCGCACGAUUCCAUGGAGAAUCCGCUGACUUCGAGGCCAAAGGCCGGCCCCUCCAAUCUUUCGUGCCCCCCUCAAGUAGAUAGAAUAUGA